UGAGUGCAUUUAUGAAUCCCCAACAGUGUCUGGUCAGUGUUGAGAAAAGUAACAGGGGCUCCGGUUGGGUUAAGAAACCAAGGCGAACGGAUAGCAAAACCACCCUUGUGAGAUCAGAAAAUCUUAGAACGUCUAUCAACACUGACAGGAUAUUGAUGAUGGACUCGGACGAGCCAGAGGAGCAUGAUAGUGAAGAGGGAGAAUAUCAAAGCCUUGAAGAGCAGGACAUGGUCCAGUACAGAGUAUGCUACUCUCAUCCAAAGUACACCAAGGAGUUAGAUUUCUGUAAAAAGGAAGACGUUAAGAAGAAGAGAUGUCCGGCAAGUCGUUCAGGGAACAACCCUGGGAGACAGAAGCGGGUUGUGUCGUGUAAGAGGAAGACCCACCAUCUCAAUAUCUGUCGAAGGAAGCAGCCAGCCACAUGGAAAACUUGUGAUGUGGCCAACAAGGAGAACGAAAUGGCCUGUGUGCAGGACAUGGAAGAGAUAUUCUAUAUGGACCCUUGGGAGUUUCCACACACUGCCCCCCAUCCUAACAAGACUGAUGAGGCUGGUUCAAAAAACAGUGACUACUUCAUAGAGUUAUCAAAAGACCACAACACAAUGACAGAGGUGCUCUUUGGAAGAAAUCUGAGACUGAGUGUAGCUUUGACCCUGUGGCAAAGAAAUGUUGGAGAACUGCUUACAUAUUUUUUAAGGAUCCAAGACACUGGUGUGUUUGUUGAUUUUCUUCCAGUGAUAACAAAAAGCCUUGAUGGUGAGUCAGAGUCACCCAGCGUUUCCAUUGGCUGUUGUGUUGACCUUUUCCCCCUAGUGAAAAAGGUCCUCACUACUCCAUAUGAAGAGCACCUGGUAGCUGGUUUACGAUUGGUACAGUCAGUAUUAAGACAUUGGUGGCCAGAGCUCUCAGCAAGUGGAGGAACUGACACGCAAUCUAUGGAUGGAAAUAUCCAAGUGUUCAAACAGCAGCUAAAGGAGUUUUGGAACCAGGAGCCUCAUUUGAGUUCAGUUCCAGGAAGUGCAGGUGAAAUAGCAAAGGUUAUAGACUAUUACCUGUUACAAUUGCCCUGAUCGCAAUGGUGGCCCAUGCCAAGCUCCCGUCUAGUCCUGAUGACAUGUCGUUGGAGAGUUGGAAACCACAUAAGAACACAAUAGACUUGUGACACAAUGAUCUGCACUACUUGACUUUUGAUGUGUGCAAAAGCAUUACCAAAUUAAUUUGAGGGCUCCUAAACAGUGCCCAAAGAGUGCCUGCUGUAGAGUGCCAGAGAGCAUAGAAUUUUAAUUACAAUUUGAGAUGACCAACUCUUGUCCACAACUGCUAACAUGACUUAACCUCACUAAAUUUCAAUGGUUUGAAAUUAAUCCAAAGGAUGAAAGUGUGUGCAAUUGAUUGGUUACAGUAGAGAACCAAUUGAAGUUGUGUUGGAUGAAUUAAAAUGGUACUUGAAAUUA